GUUCUCCAUAUGAGAGGAAAUGCUUGGGGAUAAUGGUCUUUGCAGUAGAAAGAGUUAGAGGGAAUAAGCUGUUCUGGGCUUGAAAAACCAGCUGCUAUGCCUUCAUCUACAUCCUCCUAAUUUAGUUGGGCGCCGAUGAUGCGCUCCCUAGUGCGAAUACUCAUCUGGAUCUGGUCUCCUCCCAUCUCCGCGAUGAUGGCAACUGGCUCACUGUGAUGUCCUCUUUAUGCCAUCCCAGCAGGGGUUGGUGCCUCUGGGCUAUCUUUGGGUCGCACGCUUUUGCCAUUGACACCACCGCGGACGCAGACAUUUUGACAUUGGAUUUGGCUGGUAUUGUUGCCUUGACCUUUUGUUUUUGCUAAUUUUUGAUGUUGCAUGAUAUAUAUGUGCUCGAUGAAAUGGGGCCCGCAUGCAAUACUUGUUCUUAUUUCAGUAGAUGGUUAUACCAUUUGCAGUGUAUUUUCACCCUAAGUACUACUAUUUGGUUACAACAUCGUGUUUCUGUUCAUGUGAAGUGAGCCAGAGGGUUAUAACAUCAGCUUUAAUUCACUUUUUUAUUUUGCUUUAAUAGCUACGGUUGGGUCUGAAACUUAAUUGUUGAGAUAUAUGUGCAGCUCCAUUUUGCACUAGUAAUAAUAGUUUGUUAGGAUGGUCUGUCGUAACAAUUUACUGUUACUUCUGUGACAUUUGUUCAAUCAAAAUUUGAUGCAUUUGUGAUAUUUGCUGUUUAGGACUGAAAGAAACUACUUCUUGCCCUAGAGCAAAAGGUAAUAAUGUAAAGCACUGUGGCACUGUAAGUUUAUAACCAUAGCAGAAAGUGCAAAAUGCAUGACUCAGUUAGGAGAAAACAGGAACAGGCUGAGAAGAAGAUGUGUAAUACCCAGGAAACUUUCAGCAGCAAAAUAUAAUUCAGUAACUAUGCAAAAUCACUACUUGGACCUAAUGGGCUAUUAAUGUGAAAUUGAAUUUUCAGGUUAUAGAUGGUGUAGUGAGGUUAAAUAUAUAGGGUCUGAUAAGGUGCAAACACUGCUAGUGCUGGCCUUGAGGUUGGAGGAUUAGUAAGAUUCUGCUUCUCUCUGUUUUUUUGGGCACACACAGGAGAGCUGCGCAUCAUCAUGGAUCAAGCCAGGAAUUCUGCAAGGCGUUGGCGUUUCAGUAUUGGUUGCUGUGCUCUUCUAAAGAAAAUGGCAAACAUUUGAGGCCAAGGCAAUUUGGGCGUCUCCUUUGUGCAUGCAUGAGCUUUGUGUCAUGACCGGCAAUGGUGACACUGAGAAAGAGGUUUAACUGUGAAUGAUAGUGUGUGUGUUUUGGGCUAGACUUUAUCAAAUAGAAUGCGGCCUGCGUGCCUUAAAUCAUUUGGGCCAACGGUCCAUGUAAUCAGGAGAUAAAUACUCAAGAGAGAGAAUGGCUGUGGCCAGCCUGGCAAAAAGAAAUCGAAUCUAUCUCUCUCCAAACUGUCUCUCCUCUGCCUCAGCUCUGUUUCUCUUCGUCCCCAACUCCGAUCUCGUCUAAAUAUCUCUCUCUCUCGUCGGCGGUGAGUUUCGCGGUGGCGUAGUGUUACAGUGGUAUCAGAGACAGGUUGUGGGCGUCGCCGUGCGUUGGAUUCUUCCUGAUUCGCCACGGCGCCCACAAAACUUUCAGCCCCUUUGAAGCAAGCUAUGGACUCCAUGGAGUCCAAACUCUUGGAGAAGUUGGAAGGCAUCACAAAGUGGAUGCACGAGAUUGAUCAGCGGCUGGAUUCCCAAAGUGGCAGUCUCGAGAAGGUGACUACCAAGGUGGAUCUCGCCAUGGAUUCCGUCGGCAAGGUGCAGCAAGAGUGUGCUGAGUUGGCCCGUUCGAUGAAGCGGGUGGCCAGCUGCUCUGAUCAGGCCGGGAUUUUGGGUUCGCCUUUCGGGAUCUCGCAGGUUAGUGCAAGUGGUUCCGCGACUCCUCCGCCGUUGAAUCCACUUGUUCCUCCUGUGUUGGAUGGGGUUGAUUUGGGUCAUGGUUUUGGUGAUGGGAUUUAUCGGCGUCAUCAGCCACUUCCUAAAAUGGAUUUUCCUCGUUUCGAUGGUUCUGAUGUGCGGAUUUGGUUGGAUAUGUGUGAGACUUAUUUUGACAUGUACCAAAUCACUCAAAAUUUCAAAGUCUCUGCUGCUGUGUUGCAUAUGUCGGGAAAUGCGGCUCAAUGGUAUCAUUCUUAUAAGUUAGUGAAUGAGGUUAACUCUUGGGAUCAGUUUAGAAUGGCAGUCGCAACAGAAUUUGAGUGUGUUGUGGAACGUGAGAAAAUGUCUGCACUAGAUACUCUGACUCAAACUGGUACAAUGACUGAGUAUAAACAACAAUUUGAUUCUCUUGUCUAUCAGAUCAGAGUGUUUGAUCCAUCUAUGGGGGGUAAAAUGUUAGUGACUCAUUUUAUGAAUGGUCUUACUGAAGAAAUUCGAGCUGCUGUUGUUAUUCAAUUGCCUGACACUGUACAGCAAGCAUCUGCUAUUGCUCUUAUGCAGGAAUCUGUCUUGGCUAGUAGAGCUACCAAAGCUCUCAAAGGGAAAUUUGUGAAACUUCCUCAGUACAAGAGUGAUGUCAGUUCUGAUACUACUCUAGGUCGAGUAGAUAAAGGGGAUCUAUGGAAGGCUAAGCAGUUGAAAGACUAUCGACGUGCUCAGGGUCUUUGUUUUAAGUGUGGUGACAAAUAUACUCCUGAACAUCGUUGUGCUGUUGGAGGCCAAAUCAAAGCUAUGAAGUUGGAAGAGGUGCUCACUGAUGACAUAUUGGAUGCUGUUAUUGCUGCAGAACAAUCUGAUGAUGAGGAGGACUGUCAUAUUUCUCUGAAUGCAUUUACAGGAGCUCACCUUCCUACUGCUAUUCAUUUGAGAGCAUUGGUUCACAGUAAAGUCUUGUUACUUUUGGUGGAUUCUGGCAGCUCUCACAGCUUUAUUGAUUACAACUUUGCACAUAUGCUGGGUUUACCUCUAAAACCAAUUCCUUCUACUCUGGUGAAAGUUGCUAAUGGUGAUUGCUUACCUUGUCAGUAUGUGGUUCCUAGUUUUUCUUGGUGGAUUCAGGGGCACACAUUUACUUAUGACAUGAGGGUGGUCACUUUGGAGGGUCACGAUGCCAUCUUGGGUAUGGACUGGCUUGAGCAAUGGGGGGAAAUGUCUUGUCAUUGGGCUAAUAAAACACUCAAGUUUCAGUAUCAAGGGUCUUGGAUUUCUCUUCAAGGAGUACAAGAUGCUGCAGUCCCUUCUGAAAUUGCUGCUGUCACUCUGCCACAACUUUUGAAAUGGCAUAAGGGUUGUGAAAUAUGGGCUGCUGCUUUGUUGGAACAUUCCCAGGAUGAUGUCUAGCAUGUGAUUCCUUCUUCGGUGCAACAAUUGUUAACUGACUUUGACGAUGUCUUUCACGAUCCUAAGUGUCUUCCCCCACACAGGGUUUUUGAUCAUGCUAUUUCUCUAGUACCUGAUGCUACUCCUGUCAACUGCAGACCUUAUCGCUAUUCUCCGUUACAAAAAGACGAGAUUGAGAAACAGGUGAAAGAAAUGAUUGAUGCUGGUUUAAUUACACCUAGUAUGAGUCCCUAUACAUCACCUGUUUUACUUGUCAAGAAAAAGGAUGGUAGUUGGCGUUUUUGUGUGGAUUACAGAAGAUUAAAUGCUCUCACCAUUAAAAGUAAGUUUCCUAUGCCGGUUGUUGAUGAAUUAUUGGAUGAGCUCUCAGGUACUAAAUUCUUCUCUAAACUGGACUUGAAAGCUGGGUAUCAUCAAAUUCGAAUGGUGGAAACUGAUGAAGCCAAGACAGCCUUUAAGACACAUCAUGGGCAAUUUCAGUUUAGGGUUAUGCCAUUUGGUCUCACGAAUGCACCCUCCACCUUUUAGUGCCUUAUGAACUCAGUCUUUGCACUAUUUAUCAGGAAGUUUGUGUUGGUGUUUAUGGACGAUAUCUUAGUUUAUAGCCCUGACCUUGAUAGUCAUUUGCAUCAUCUUCAGCAAGUUUUUGUUAUUUUGAGGCAGCACCAGUUAUUUGCUAAGAGGUCUAAAUGCUCUUUUGCUUGCACUCAACUGGAAUACUUAGGACAUAUCAUUUCUGACAAAGGAGUUAGUACUGAUCCUGAGAAGACAGCAGCAAUGCUGGCUUGGCCUGUGCCUACUUCUGUUACUGAAUUGAGGGGAUUUUUGGGACUGACAGGCUAUUACAGAAAAUUUGUUCAGGGUUAUAGUAUCAUAGCAUGACCAUUGACACUCUUGUUGAAGAAGAAGGCCUUUCUUUGGACUGAUGCUGCUUAGCUUGCUUUUGAUCAGUUGAAGACAGCUAUGAGUAACACUCCAGUGUUAGCUUUGCCCAAUUUUCAGCUUCCUUUUACUUUGGAGACUGAUGCAUGUGCUUAUGGUCUUGGUGCUGUUUUAAGUUAGCAAGGUCACCCUAUUGCUUAUUAUAGCAAAACUUUGGGUCCUGUUAAUCAGAAAUUGUCCAUUUACGAAAAAGAGUUUCUAGCUAUUAUGAUGGCUGUGGAUAAGUGGAGAUGUUAUCUGCAGAGAGGUCCAUUUAUCAUUAAAACAGAUCACAAAAGCUUGUGUCAUUUGGAUGAUCAAAUAUUGGGGACUGAAUUACAGCAAAAGGCAAUGACUAAAUUGAUGGGUUUGCAAUAUUCUUUUCAAUACAAGAGAGGGGUUGAUAAUAUUGUUGCUGAUGCUUUAUCUAGAAUGCCUUCCUCCUCUCAAUUUUGUGCUCUUUCUGUGGUCCAACCGAUCUGGAUUCAGGAGGUGAUCAAUUCUUAUACAGUGGAUCCUCAAGCUCAGCAGCUACUAGCUGAGUUGGCUGUGCAUUCUCCUAAUUCUCAAGGGUAUUCAUUGACACAAGGGAUUAUUAGAUUCCAGAAUAAGAUUUGGAUUGGAUCCAAUGCAGGACUGCAUACUAAGUUGAUUCAAGCUUUUCAUGCUUCUGCACUUGGUGGCCAUUCUGGGAUUGCUGCUACUUAUCAUCGGAUUAAGAAAUUAUUUGCUUGGCCUGGUCUCAAGUUGGAUGUUGAAAAUUUUGUGAAGCAAUGUCAGGUUUGCCAACAGGCCAAACAUGAACACUGUCAGCUUCCUGGACUGUUAGCUCCUCUCCCAAUUCCAAAAGAGGCCUGGCAGGACAUCUCCAUGGAUUUUAUUGAAGGUUUACCGCGCUCUGAUGGUUAUAAUGCAAUUUUGGUGGUGGUGGAUCGUUUUACUAAGUAUGCGAAUUUCAUUCCUUUGCGUCAUCCAUUCACUGCAUCACAAGUGGCUCAUUUGGUGGACAAAACUGUAUUUAAAACUCAUGGCAUCCCUCGUUCUAUUGUGUCUGAUCGUGAUCAUCUCUUUACUAGCAAGUUCUGGACAACUCUUUUUGCUACUUGGGACACUCAAUUACAGAUGAGCACAGCAUAUCACCCGCAAACAGAUAGCCAAACAGAGCGUGUCAAUCAAUGUUUGGAAAUGUAUUUACGAUGCAUGACUCAGGCUAACCCUAAGAAGUGGAGCCAUUGGAUUCAUUUGGCAGAAUUUUGGUGCAAUACAAAUUAUCAUACAUCUCUUGGCUGUUCUCCUCAUAAGGCUCUUUUUGGGGUGGAUCCUCAUUAUUCUCAAGUUCCUGAUCUGACAUUGGCUACUCUGCCUGAUGUGGUGGAUGUUUAGACUGAAAGGCAGCACUUGUCUGAAUUUUUACAGCAGCAGUUAACUCGAGCCCAGCUGCGUAUGAAGAACAAGGCUGAUAAAGGUCGUUCUGACCGUGUUUUUGCUGUGGGUGAUGCUGUUUUCUUGAAGUUACAGCCUUAUGCUCAGUCCUCAGUAGUUAAUAGACCAUAUCCUAAGUUGGCUUAUAAGUUCUUUGGCCCUUUUACUGUUUUGGAGCGCAUUGGAGUGGCGGCUUAUCGUUUGGAUCUACCUGCCAGCAGCACUGUGCAUCCGGUGUUUCAUGUUUCUCAACUCAAAGCUCAGGUGCCAGAUCAUACUCCUGUUUAUACUUCUUUGCCAUCCCCAGUGGUUCUUGAUGCUGCUGACGUUGUUCCUGAGGCGAUUUUGGAGCGUCGACUAGUGAAGCGCGGCAAUGCAGCUCAUGUCCAGGUGUUGCUGAAAUGGUCUUUAUUACCAGCAGAUCAUGCUACUUGGGAGGACUAUCAUGUUGUGAAGACUCGCUUUCCAGAUGCUCCAGCUUGGGGACAAGCUAAAACUCCUGCGGGCGGCACUGUCAUGACCGGCAAUGGUGACACUGAGAAAGAGGUUUAACUGUGAAUGAUAGUGUGUGUGUUUUGGGCUAAACUUUAUCAAAUAGAAUGUGGCCUGCGUGCCUUAAAUCGUUUGGGCCAACGGUCCAUGUAAUCAGGAGAUAAAUACUCGAGAGAGAGAAUGGCUGUGGCCAACCUGGCAAAA